AUGGGUGCCUGUGUAUCCUCAACUUCAACCUCAAGAACAGCCAAAACUGUCGGAGGAGGAUCCAGUGCAGUCAAACGCUCAUCGACAUCAGCCAAGGUGGUUCACAUGGACGGUCGUGUUCAAGAGUUCAGGCAAUCACUCCAAGCCAAAAACAUCGUUUCUCAGAACCCCGGCCACUUCCUUUGCAACUCGGAGUCGAUGACUAUCGGCACUAGCGUGCCCCAUGUGCCCGGUGACGAGGUGCUUCAACCGGGACAAAUUUACUUCUUGUUGCCACUCUCCCAAUCUGAUAAACCGCUUUCCUUGCCGGACUUGUGUUCCCUCGCCAUUAAAGCUAGCUCUGGCCUUGGCAAACACUGUGUGGACCUCUCCUCCAGUAACUCCAAACUCACCCUUAGGCGAUCAAGGUAG